AAGGUAUUCGUCAACUGAGGGCGGUGAUAUUGAGUUUGAAUGAGUAGUGUCUUGCACACAUGAAGUACCCGGAACGGCAGCCUUUUGUUGUCGACCGCGCUGAUGGAGACAUCGUCGUACAGUGGAUAUAUCAACCUGUAUUACAACCUCGUUCACCAGUCGACUAGUCAUUAUUUCAAAGAAUAUUGUCGACAACAAUUAUCAGGGCCGUCCGGACCUGGCGGCGCUCCUGGUACCAAUGGACCUCCGGGACCGCGGCCGCCUGGUGUUCGUUUCAAUAGUCCCGCCAACUCAAACAAAGUGAACCUUAAUAUCAAACAAAUCGGUAACGAAGGUCGGCGGAACGAAAUCAACUCAAACCAUCGCCGGGACGAUCACGGCGGAAACGAAUCUCACAUGCUUUCGGUUGAUAGCAAUUCCGGCGUUGCGGAUAUUAUUCCGCAUCCCUUCAUGAAGGGUUUCAGUGGCAUGAUGCACGGACAUCCGAUGAUGGGUGGCAUGAAUCACGGAGAGAAACCCUACACUUGCCCCUUUUGCGAGCGAUGCUUUCGACAAAAGACAAUUUUGGAUCAGCAUUUGCGAACGCAUACAGGCAUUAAGCCGUAUCACUGCCCAGAGUGCGGGAAGCAGUUUCGCCAAAAGGCGAUCCUGAAUCAGCACUUCCGGAUCCACCUGGGUGCCAAGCCCUAUUGUUGCUACCUGUGUCGGAAGUCGUUCGCUCAGCGAGCUGUGCUCGACCAGCACCUGAAGACGCACUUGAACGACAGCAUGGCGCGUAUGGGAAUGCGAUUUCCAAUGACGCCGCGCGGAGACGACGAGAUCGAAAUCGUCGAUGGCAACGCUGGGCACCCGUCCAUGUACACCAGCGCCAUCCCGGCCCUCAGUGCGCCCCCCAACCACCCGCACGCGCAACUAGCUCCUGGGCCGCGCAACGAUGAUGUGCGGAGCAGGCAGCAAAUGUCGCCCGGGUCCGGCGGAGAUCGAUCAGCUUACCAACACGGUCCGCCACCUCAACAGUAUUACGGACAAGGUGUGGUGGACCACCAACAGUCCAUGCAGUCUAUGCAGCAAUCUCAGAGGCAGUAG